AUGGCGACUGCAGAGCAAACAGCGCGCCCGGCGCGGGCGUCUACCCAAAAACCUGGACCCAAGUGGGCCUCGGACCGCACUGGAGCCGUGUGCCACCCCUCGGGGAGAGGCGGCUGCGGAGUUCCCCGGCAGGGAGAGCGGAUCUCUGCGGCCGUAGAGAAGCGGGGCCCGUAUAUGGUGACGCGCGCGCCCUCCAUUCAGGCCAAGCUGCAGAAGCACCGGGACCUGGCCAAAGCCAUUCUGCGGAGAAAAGGCAUGCUGGGGGCCUCGCCGAACUGCCCGGACUCUUCAGGGAAAAGCUCAGUGAAGUUUAACAAGGGCUAUACCGCCCUCAGCCAGAGUCCUGAUGAAAACCUGGUGUCCCUCGACUCAGACAGUGAUGGGGAGCUGGAAUCCAGAUACUCCUCCGGGUAUUCCUCAGCAGAGCAGGUGAACCAGGAGGUGAGCCGGCAGCUGCUCCAGGAUGGGUAUCACCUGGAUGAGAUUCCAGAUGACGAGGACUUGGACCUUAUUCCCCCAAAGCCUAUGGCCUCCUCAACAUGCUCCUGCUGCUGGUGCUGUCUCGGGGACUCUUCGUCCUGCACCCUCCAGUAG